GUUGGGCGCCUGCGUGGGUUUCCGGUUCGUCCCGCGGCCCCGCUGUCCCGGCGGAAGCGAAUUCGGGUGCUGUACGGUCGCCCGUGGGAAGAUGUUUUACCACAUCUCCCUGGAGCACGAGAUCCUGCUGCACCCGCGCUACUUCGGCCCCAACCUGCUCAACACCGUAAAGCAGAAGCUCUUCACCGAGGUGGAGGGGACCUGCACCGGCAAGUAUGGCUUUGUGAUUGCCGUCACCACCAUUGACAAUAUUGGUGCUGGUGUGAUCCAGCCAGGCCGAGGCUUUGUCCUUUACCCAGUGAAGUACAAGGCCAUUGUUUUCCGGCCCUUUAAAGGGGAGGUCGUGGAUGCUGUUGUCACUCAAGUCAACAAGGUCGGUCUCUUCACAGAAAUUGGACCGAUGUCCUGCUUCAUCUCUCGGCACUCCAUCCCAUCAGAGAUGGAGUUUGAUCCUAACUCCAACCCACCAUGUUACAAGACCAUGGAUGAGGACAUUGUGAUUCAGCAGGAUGAUGAGAUCCGCCUGAAGAUCGUGGGGACCCGAGUGGACAAGAAUGACAUUUUUGCUAUCGGCUCCCUGAUGGAUGAUUACUUGGGGCUUGUGAGCUGAGCACCGGGGCACGCUGCUUUGUUUGGUCCUUAUCCAGGAGAUGUGCCUGUCACACUCCCCACGUUGUCCAGAGGCCCAGUCCCGCUGCGGGGAGGCAGAGAAGGUUCCUCGUCCCCAGAAAGCAUCUGGUUCUUCUUGCCGCCUAGCAGCCGCUCCCGAGCUUUGACUGUGCAUCUAACCAUAAAAGGCCCUUGUGCUCAUGGAA